CAUCAUUUGACAAUACCUCAUCACGCAGUCGGCUCUGCGCACGCGCAAAGACUAAAUUGUGGUGACGUCGCGCAUAGGUCGCCCUAGCCAAAACAAACAUGUAAACACUUCCUUCAAGCACUGCAGCAGUCUAGCUGUCCGAGUCAUGAGGACCGCGUUGGGACUGAAGAAGUAUUGAUGUCAGAGCCGGCUGCAGAGCAGAGUUAGCUUGAGCUAAUAUAGCGGCGUAGCUAACGAACUAGCAGGGCCAUGUUAGCCUAAUAGGCUUGCAGAGCUAACUAAGCAGAUGGCAGCCACGAAAGAUUAAGUAGUCUGCAGCAAAAGUCAACAGUAUGUCCAGCUGAAAAGGUGGAAAGAGAGGGCCAUCACAAACAAGAGGAGGAAACAUGAAGACGUCCAGUACGGUCACCGCCUCGGCACCGGUGAAUGGGCAGCAAGGUAACGACUGGGACAGCAGGUGGCAGAAGAAGAUGGCCGACAUUGCUCAGGCCCUCCAAGCAAGUCCAGUGGAUGUGGCGGCUCUCAGGAGGAUGGCCAUCAGCGAGGGCGGCUUGCUGACGGAUGAGAUCCGCUGUCAAGUGUGGCCUCGCCUUCUGAAUGUCCCGCCCCACAUUUUGGAUCAGGAUCCGGAAACAGUAGAGCGGGAUAAUAACAAGGACUACAACCAGGUGCUACUGGAUGUUCAACGUUCUCUACGAAGGUUCCCACCUGGUAUGCCAGAUGAGCAGAGGGAGGGUCUCCAGGAGGAGCUCAUUGACAUUAUCCUCAGAGUUCUGAAACAUAAUCCUCAGCUUCACUAUUACCAAGGAUACCAUGAUAUAGUCGUCACCUUCCUACUGGUCGUGGGCGAGCGCUUGGCGACAGCUCUUGUGGAAAAGCUCUCCACGCAUCACCUCAGGGACUUCAUGGAUCCCACCAUGGACAACACAAAACACAUACUCAACUACCUGAUGCCCAUCAUUGAGAGGGUCAACCCUGAGGUGCAUGAUUUCAUGCAACAGGCAGAGGUGGGCACUGUCUUUGCUCUCAGUUGGCUGAUCACCUGGUUCGGCCAUGUCCUGUCAGAUUUCCGCCACGUCGUACGGUUGUAUGAUUUCUUCCUUGCCUGCCAUCCACUGAUGCCCAUCUACUUUGCAGCUGUGAUCGUACUUCACAGAGAAGAGGAAGUGCUGGAGUGUGAGUGCGACAUGGCGAUGGUCCAUCACCUGCUGUCUCAGAUUCCUCAGGAUCUGCCCUACGAGACUCUCAUCAGCCGAGCGGGAGACCUUUUUGUCCAGUUCCCCCCCUCUGAGCUAGCGAGAGAGGCCGCCUCACACGACUGCAUGGCCACCACCACCUUUAAGGACUUCGACCUUGCCUCGACCCAACAGCGGCCCGACUCCGUUCUCCUCCGCCGGCGUAAACAGAAACAGGCAGCGCUGGAGCACUCAGUGGCAGGCUCUACGGUGGCCCAACCGUCUGUGGCGCGCCGUUUUGUCCGUUUGGCUGUUAUGGGCCUGACGGUGGCUUUAGGUGCAGCGGCCCUCGCUGUCGUCAACAGUGCGCUGGAGUGGGCCCCUAAACUGGACCUCUUUCCUUGAACUGAAGUAGUACACUCCAGUGGCACAGUUCUUCACUGAGCGUGGCUCUUUCACAACACCAGUUACCUCGCCUCUGAACCCACUCCAUGAAGACUACUCUAAAAUGAGAAGACUUUCUUAGUCUACUUCCUGUUAUUUGUGUCAUUUCUACUUGGUGAUAGCAACAUCUCAGCUAUUCUUAUAGGAAUUUAUGGGAGGAAAAAAAACCAAACUUGUGGACUAAAGGCAUUUGUAACUGCUGUUAAUUAGACGCUUGUUUUCAGUGUGCGUAUAUAUUUAUGAGAUAUUUCAUAUUUGAGACCAAAUGGAGGAUUGGUAGAAUCUUCUUCUAUUGACUACAGUUAGUCGUUUUCUACACGCGAUAAGAUGUAUAGAAAUGGCACACAGAUACAUGUAAUGCAAAUUUAAAGCACCUGCCUCGUAAUCAAUGUUUUCUUUUCUAGUUGUUAGCACUUGCCACCUUUUGACAUUCCUCCAUAUCGGUUGAAUUAGCUAUGAUUGUUUCAGCACAAAAGGCAGGUUCUCCCGCACCUUAUAGGUUAUACGUCCCUGUGUUCCUGAAGAGACUGACGUGGAUGUUAAAAUGUCAUUUAUACACGGUAUUCACAAUAAUUCACUGUUUUAAGGUCAACCUUUGCAUUUAUUCAUAAGCACUUUUGACUGGAAAGCGUACAUGUUUGCAUAACAGUUGAUGCUGAAGUUCACUUGAUUUUCUCCAUAUGUAAGAUUUUUAAUGUGGUUUCACAUUGUGGAAGUGAGGGGUUUUGCUUCUCUUAGUUAUUUGCAGGAUUGUGCAGCUUUUUUGGAGGUGAGCCUGGACACGUAAUAAGUCAAUUGUUUGAACAUUUUCAUGUAAGGCUGGCAUUUGAUUGCAAGUUCAAAGUCAAGAACACUGGUUGAGCUGGUAAAUGAUUAAUGAAAAUGUUGAAUUGGUUGAUUGGAGACUAAAAUGAAAAAAAAAAACAUUUUUAACUGGCUUUUACUUGACAAGGAUAUUCGGUGGCUCCCAUUGCACUAAUUUUUCAGCCUUUUUUCUGUUUAGUUUUAAUAAAAAAAACUGUCCUACAAAUGUUGUAAAGUUGUACAAGAGAAUGCUAUAAUAAAGCCUUUAAGCGGA